UUAUCAUCCUCUUCAUCCUCCUGCCCCCUGGCUUGUCUAUGUGACCAGGCUCCCCACAUAAACUGCUCCUCUCUUGGCCUCCAGCGGGUGCCCUCGCGGAUCCCAGAGACUGUCAGGACUCUAAACCUAUCCCAUAAUGCAUUGCGUUCCCUGCCGCCCCUGUGGCCCGGCUCUGGGGUGCUGGGGCACCUGGGCCACCUGUGGCUGGACCGUAACAACAUGGAGUCGCUGUCGCUGUGUGUGAGGAGGGCUAAAGUCGGGAUGAAGAGCUCGGGCAGAGAGGGAUGUGUGUCCUGGGCCCCUGCUCUGCGAAUGCUGUCUGCAGAGGGGAACCAAAUGCACCAGGUCCCCAAGGGACUAGGUGGCAGCACACACCUGCGAGUUCUUCAGCUAUCCCAUAAUAAGAUCUCUGCUAUCGGCCCCUCCGACUUUCAGGGAUGUGGAAACCUGACAGAGCUCCACUUGCAGAGCAACCGCAUCAGGAGCCUCCACCCCUUGGCCUUCAGGGAUCUGCAGCAGCUUCAGGUUCUUGAUCUGCGCUUCAACUGGCUCACCACCAUACCUUCACCAGUGUACCUAUCGCUGCUAAACCUGGAGGUCCAGGUGCACCUGCACAGCAAUAGGUGGAGAUGUGACUGCAACCUGCAGGCUAUGCACAAUAAGAUCCUGCAAAAUUACCCAGACCAAAUCCCUCAGUCCUGGAGCUUGGUUUGCUCGUCACCUGUCCGCCAUGCUGGGAAAGAUCUUCAGCACCUGAGUGAUCAGGACCUGACGUGUCCAUCUCUUGGAUUUAGCAGCGUUGACCACUUUGAUGAAGUAGCAGAGAUGGGUUCUGAUCUUCUACUACCAUGCGGUCCUAAAGAUGAAGAUUGUUCCCAAGCUCUCUGGUGGACACCCCAUGGUCAAGUCACUGGAACACAACAUGGCCUUUUGAUAGCAGACAUAGCAGAAAGCGAUGCAGGACUUUAUGUGUGUGUCACUGGACAACAGCAAGAGCAAGUGUCUGUCUUUGACCUUAAUGUUCUUCAAGAGUCAGCACACAGUAGACUAAGGCGCGCAGUUGAACACAGAUACUCUGUUUUAGAAGGCGGAAAUAACAGAAACACAGGCAGAGCAAAAACACAGGCGCAGUUUGAUCUGGCCGUCAGCUUGUCCGUCAUCAUCACCUUCAUCAUAGCCUUCAUCAUCGGGGUCCUCGUCAGGCCGUGCUUUGACAAGCUGUGGAAGAAGAUUCGCUCCAAAAAGAACGGCUCACAUGAUGUUGAGUCUGAACAUGACAACUCCUACCAGCAACCGCCAGUUUAUGACAACGAAGCUUUCCAAAUGGUUGACGAGCCAGCACAGGGCCGUGUGGGUCAGCGAGUCAGGAUCUCAGAUGUCACAGAGGUGAUCUAUGACGAUGCCGCAUCUGAAAGCAGUGAUGAGAGCGAAGUCCUGCGUCACAAUGGCUCGGUGGUGGUAGAGAGUGCCGAGACACAACAGCAGAGCAGCAGUGCUGCCAGAGAGCCAAUGGAAUCAGAUCUUCCGGAUCAGCAAGAAGGUGAAGCUUCAGAGAGAGACACCGAGGCGCUGUAUGAACCCAUCCCUGAUCCAGAGGACCUAGCCAAGGACACUAGUAGCUUAUCAUCGGCAUAUUCAACUGGAGAUCAAGAUCAGGUAUCAGCGGAUAACACCUAUGAAAAUAUUCCAGUCAACAAUCGACAGAUGGAGACGGACGAUUCCGCAACAGAUGACACUCCUGAACAGAACACAGACCAACAAAGUGCAGUGGUCAGACCCAUGGCAGUUCCUGUGUUUGAUUCAGAGCCCUUCCAGGAUUGGUCCAAAAAGAUCCCAACAAAAGAUCUGGAUCCUGAGCUGUGGAACGACAGUGGGGAGAGUUUUUCAUUCACAGAUGGAUCUGAGCGAUCAAGCAUACGCGAGAAACCACACUCCCAACCAGCUGGGGUCACUGAUGAGCCAUUGCCUGCAGACAGCGACAGUGAUGUGGCUCCACCACAGCUCAAGUCACCUUUGGUAAAAGAGGAUGCAGAUGAGGUGCAUGGAGACAUGGGAUAUGAUGAAAUGUCAAGGCGCAGUAGCUCCACUGUUAGUGAAGAUAGUGGGGACGAGCCAACAGAAUACACAGUGAACCCAGAGGAAGACGAUGAAGAGGAGGAGGAGGAGGAGGAGAAAGAUGAAGAGGAGGAAGAGACCCUGGGAAAAGUCCUCGCACCAAAUGAGAUUCCUUUGCAGUCCCACACAACUGUUGCCUCACCAAGGGAAGACAACGCCUUAGGUAAUAGACCUAGAGUGGACACCAUCAUACUAGAGCAAAGUGACAUGACUAUCACAAUGAUAAAUGACAGUUCUGAUCAGGGGCCAUUCGAUGAGGAUUCAGUGUUCCCUGAAGACGAUCAAGCAAGGUCAGUGGUCUCACAGCUGCCAACUUAUCCAGCACGACCAGACAGAUUUUCCAGCAGCGAAGAUGAAGAGGAGCCAAAGAAAUACAAUGUUCACCCCGUCUAUAGGAGGAGACCAGUUCUAAUCUCAGAAUCCUCAUAUUCUGAAAGGAUGAGUCUCACCAGUGCUGAUGAAGCAGAGAUAGCUAAAUUCCGCCCACACACCAACACACUAGAGGAUGUAAAGAUGCCUGACUUAGAGAGCCGACCAAUCAUCAUAAACACAUCAUCUCCCCGCCCCACAGGUGAUCCAUCCAUCAAACUUCCAAACAGAGUCCUUGACAUUGACUUUGAGAACUCUGCCACCAGUACAGAUGACCUUGGGACAACAUUUCAGAUUGAGGAUGCUGUGGCGAGUCUUUCCUUAGACCAGGUCCCACGGCCUAAAAGAGCACUAGUAAUUGAGGUUAAAGACACCUUGGACCACAAACGAGAAACAGGACUCUGCAAGCUCAGAUGA